CCCACAAUAUUAAAACUGACAUCACUGCAGCACAAAGAUUUAGUUUGUGAACUAAAAAAAAUCCAGAAGCUGUGAAAACCAAGGAAGUUGGACACACUGGUCUGAAGCAUAUUUGCCCACUGCAUUCUUGUGUGAUCACAUAAAAAGCCUGCUUCAUAGAUUGGCUUCUUAAAGAACAUCCUCCAGCAUGUGUGUGUACAUAAAUCAUAUUAUAUCUGCAGUUCAUUAAGCCAAAUAAAUAGUAUUUUCUUUCACAUAAAGUUCUGCUAUUAAUGAAUGGUGUAUACAGUGACCCAAAACACAUUAUGACUGAAGAUAGAUAAGUCCAUUGAAAUACCUGUUAAAUGUAUAAUCAAAAACAUCUUAUAUUGUGCUAAUACUACACACACACACACCCCACAAAUUAUAUUUAAGACAUGCUAAUGCCUCUGUAGUUGCAUGACAGUGUGAGAGCAAAAACCUAUGUGUGUAUACUAAGUACCUGACGUGUGAGCGUACAUUUCCUAGCAAAUAAGGGACCUAUUGUCAGUGUGCAAAGAUUCCAUACAUUUAGAACCGUAUAGUUAAACUUUUUCUAGUACUACACUUGAAAAGAGUUCUAGAUCAGGAAAGAAGAUCUGCUGUGUACACUUCUAAUCGAGACUAGUAUUGAGGUGUGUGAAUUUGCAAGGAGCGUAAGUUCCAGAUAACAGUGUGUGCCUGUGUACACAUUGGUGUGUUUGGGUCUCAUACUAUCUCCCUUGAUGGAGAAAUCCAAAGCAGACCUAGAAAUAGCUGGAGAUCCUGAGGGUGAAUCCAAUCAAGAUCUUCUGCCUGAGGAACCUGCUACUCGCCCUACCUGGGGAUCAAAGGCUCAGUAUAUCCUUGCCCAGGUUGGCUUUUCUGUUGGACUCGGUAAUGUCUGGCGUUUCCCCUACCUGUGUCAUCAAAAUGGUGGAGGUUCUUUUCUGCUGCUAUACCUGCUUCUCCUCCUCGUCAUUGGGAUCCCUCUCUUCUUCCUGGAGCUGGCAGCCGGGCAGAUUAUCCGACAGGGCAGCAUUGGCGUCUGGAAGCACAUCAGCCCCCGCCUAGUAGGCAUCGGCUUUGCAAGCUGUGUGGUGUGUUCUUUUGUUGCCCUAUAUUAUAACGUCAUUAUGGCAUGGAGUCUUUUCUACUUGGGUAAUUCUUUCCAGUUUCCCCUUCCGUGGAGUAAUUGCCCAGGAACAGAAAAUGAAACAGUCACAGAAUCUGAAUGCACGGACAGUUCUCCCACUAUCUAUUUCUGGAACCGAAAGGCCUUGCAUAUUACCAACUCCAUAGAGGAGAGUGGGGGUCUUGACCCAGCCCUUGUUGGCUGCCUCUUUGCUGCUUGGAUGCUGGUUUGUCUCGCCAUGAUCAAAGGCAUCAAAUCAUCUGGCAAGGUUUUGUAUUUCAGCUCGCUGUUCCCUUAUGUGGUUCUCUUGUGCUUCCUUGUACGUGCUUUGCUGCUAGAAGGGGCAGCUGAUGGAAUCAGGAUCAUGUUCACCCCUAAGCUGUCCAUUUGGGGAGAUAUGCAGGUCUGGCGUCAGGCUGCCACUCAGGUGUUCUUUGCCCUGGGUCUGGGCUUCGGCACCAUCAUUGCUUACUCCAGCUACAAUCCUCAGAAUAACAACUGCCACAUUGAUGGGUUGCUUGUGUCCGGCAUCAAUUUCCUUACCUCGGUGCUGGCCACACUGGUGGUUUUUGCCGUGCUGGGUUUCCGAGCCAAUGUGUUGGCACACAAGUGUGUUGAAAGAAAUGCAAAUCUUUUGACGGACCUAGUGAAGAAUGGUUCCUUUUUAGAUGUACUUCCUGCAAACCUGUCUCAAUUUUCACCUGCUCAAUACAGCAAUUGGUAUCAGGAUGAAUGGGAUGAAACAAAGAAGCAAUUGCAGAAGUGGAAAGUUGGUGACUGUCGUAUAGAAGAUGAAAUGAAUAAGGGUGUGGAAGGGACAGGCCUGGCCUUCAUCACCUUCACAGAAGCUAUGACCCUGUUUCCAACAGCCCCUUUCUGGUCUAUACUGUUCUUUUUUAUGCUGCUCAAUUUAGGGCUAAGCACCAUGUUAGGGAACAUGCAAGGAAUCAUCACUCCUUUACUGGACAACUUCCACAGUCUCCACCGUCGGCGGACGCUCUUCACAGUCGUGUGCUGUAUGAUUGGAUUCCUGCUGGGCUUGGUUUUUGUUCAGGGCUCAGGCAACUAUUUUGUGACUAUGUUUGAUGACUAUUCAGCCACUCUGCCCCUGCUUAUUGUUGUAGCCGGCGAAGCUUUUGCCAUAGCCUGGAUCUAUGGAGCUGACAGGUUCUUGGAUGACAUAGAAAACAUGCUGGGCUGGCGGCCGUGGAAAAUCUACAGCUACAUGUGGCGCUUUGUGAGUCUGGCAGCAAUGUUGUGCCUGUUGCUAGCGAGUUUGGUAUACUUGUUCAUGAAGCGCCCCACCUACACCGCCUGGAACAGAGAAAAGGCAGAGGAGCAGCAGCUGGAAUACCCACCAUGGGCCUUGGGCCUUCUCAUUAGCCUGAUUGUUGUGGCUGCUCUACCCAUUCCAGUCAUGUUUCUUAGACAGCUCUUGCUGGAAAGGUUUUCCCAACACAGCCACAACUCUGGCCAGAUCCCUGUACCCACCGAAGAGGAAGACAGGGCGCAAGAAAAAGAAAGUCCGGCUGAUCUUGAACUCAAUCCCCCAGGCAAUGGUUACUUUCUUGUGCCAGCAGAAGAAGGGCAGGAAUAG